AUGCAGAGCGGAAUGGUCCAAUCACAGACGUCGGUUGCAGCUCAGCCGCGCGCCGAAAAUUGUCGAGCGGUUGGGGCGGUGUGGAAUUGCCAGCAGCGGUCACCGGGCAACAAGGCUGAGGGCCGCUGCCGGAUGACACAUAUGGGGAAUUCGACUACCUUUGAUCGACCAAAGUGCGUGCCGCAAACGUACAGUGUUCUCCGUCUACGAUCGACCAACGUGCAGAUCGCGGGAAGACUACGUGAGAACGACAAACUGGUGGCAAACGAGUCCAAGGAGACGCGGCGGAUCUGUGCAACGAGCGAUGGCUUCGACAGGAGGGGGAAACGCAGCGGCAGGCGAGGCAAGGAUGCGCGUCUGCUGGCACCAGAGACGGAGACAGACGGCGAGGAGGCGGAGGUGUGUUUCAUCUGCGCCAACCCGGUGAUCCACCAGUCGAUUGCGCCGUGCAAUCACGUGACGUGCCACAUCUGCGCGCUGCGGAUGCGGGCGCUGUACCGAAACAAGGACUGUCCGCACUGCCGGACGGCGGCACCGUAUGUGAUCUUCACGGACGACGUGACGAAGCGGUACGAGGAGUACGGAGCGGGCGACAUCACGACGACGGACGAGACGAGCGGGAUUCGGUACAGCAACGAAGACAUUGUGGGCGACACGGUGUUGCUGUUGCGAUACAACUGUCCGGACGAGGCGUGUGAUUAUGCCGGAUUCGGGUGGCCGGACCUGCAUCGCCACGUGCGGGAGGUGCACCACAAGAAGAUGUGUGACCUGUGCACGCGCAACAAGAAGGUGUUCACGCACGAGCACGAGCUGUUCACGGACAAGGGCCUGGACCGGCACAUGCGGAACGGCGAUGACCGGCCAGGAGCAGUGGACCAGACCGGGUUCAAGGGGCACCCGCUGUGUGGCUUCUGUGGCGAGCGGUUUUACGAUGACGACAAGCUGUACGAGCACUGCCGCAACAAGCACGAGCGGUGUUUUAUCUGCGACCGGCGCGAUGCUCGGCAGCCGCACUACUACCGCAACUACGACGCGCUGGAAGAACAUUUCCGGCGUGACCACUACCUCUGCAUCGACCGCGAGUGCAUGGACAAGAAGUUUGUCGUCUUCGAGUCCGAGAUGGAUCUCAAGGCGCACCAGCUGGAGGAGCACGGCAACACGCUGAGCAAGGACGUGCGGCGGGACGUGCAGGUGGUCAGCCUGUCGGACUUUGACUACCGGCCGGCGUACCAGAACAACGGGGGACGGGGUGGCGAGAGGGGAGGCGGAGGACGGAAUCACGAUGGCCGAAGCGGACGGGGACGCGAUCCCAACGCAGAACUGCCGCUAGCCGUGGGGCCUCCACAGUCGAUGCGCCGAGACGAGAUUGCUUACCAGCGGCAGCGGCAGCUGGAGGUGCAGUCGGCGCAGACGGUGACGACGAGGACGUUUGGAAGCCGGUUGACACCAAGUGGAGGUGGCGGAGGUGGUGGAGGUGGUGGAAGUGGUGGAGGAUCCUCUUCAUCCAGGCCAUCUCGACCGAAAGCAUCGACACCAGAUCCUUUAGCAGACCCGCUACAAGGUCUCAGUCCAGCCGAGGUGGCCAGCCUGACGCCACAGGAGCGAGCACGCCGCGUACGUCACGGCGCCGUGUUGGAGCGGGCGGCCAACCUGCUGGCCAACGAUGCCGGCAAGGUGCAGUCGUUCCGGGCGGAGCUGGCGGCGUUUCGCAGUGGUGCCGCCACGGCUGCACAGCUGGUAGACGGUCUGGCCGGCCUUCUGGCAGACACGACGAGCCCGACGGCCCUGGGCAGCCUGGUGCGUGAGGUUGCCGACCUGUACGAGGAACCGGGGCGAGCCGACGCGCUGCGACAGGCAUGGCAGAACCGGCGGGCUGUGACGGCAGCGACAGGAGCCAGCAGCAGCAGCGUCCAGCCGGUCGACGACUACCCGUCGCUGCCAGGCCUCGGCGGCAUGCACGGGGCGACGACAUCGACGAGCGGCUGGGCCGGCGCGGCAGCAGUAUCGCCAUCCAUCCGAAUACCGGCAUCGUCGGGUGGUGGACAGCACUCGACGCGGGUGCUGCGACUGAAGCACAGCACGCGGCCCGGCGCAGCAGCAGUGGCAGCUGCUGCGGCAACAGCACCGUCGACCGGUCCGGCUGGCCGUAUCGUGCCGGGUGCUACUUGGACGGUCCCGUCGUCUGGACGUCAGGCCAGCGCCGGCACCACUAGCAACAGCAGCAGUCGGCCGUCGGCAUCGCCAGCACCAGCCUCGUCGGCCGCGUUUCCGGCACUGCCGUCCACCAAGAAGGCAAACAGCACUCCAACGCUCUCGUGGCUCGGCGCGUCGGGUUCUUCGUCGACAGCAGCACCGGCAGCGUCCUCCUCGACUGCUGCCCGUAUCGGCGGCAGCAGCAGCAGCAGCUCCAGCAGCCGACCCCACCAGCGGCCGCCCGGCGAGGACGCGUUUCCGGCUCUGCCGGCUGCGCCGAAACCGCUGACGACCAUCUUUGGGUACGGACGAGGCGCCGUGCGGCGUGACGUCGGCGGCCGCGACACCGGCUUCUCCUGGGGCGACGGCGAGACAGCAGGCGGUGCUGGUGGUGGCGACGUGGCCGCCGAGGCAGACGAUGAUGUCGGUGGUGGCAGCGGUAACGGAAAGGGCAAGAAGAAGGGCCGGCAGGGAAAGAAGGUGCUGGUGUCGUGGGGAUGA